AUGGCACAUAAAGAAGGAGCAACAGAGCAGGGCCGUGUGAAGGCAGUGGACAGUCUCGGGGCCAAAGCCAUGGCCGGGGCCCCUACACCUGGGGGAGGAGUCGUGGUGGAAGUCAGGGAGAAGAAGGGAACCCUGCGGGCUGCGAUACCCACAAUGCCUUUCCCUCUGGCGGUCAUCUGCCUGUUCCUGAACACCUUCAUACCGGGACUAGGAACCUUCAUCUCAGCCUUCACGGUGCUCUGUGGAGCUCGCAGCGAGCUGGUCUCAGAGCGAGGCGUGUGCUGCGUGUUCUGGCUCAACGUGGCGGCGGCCUUCAUCCAGAUACUGACGGCUGUCAUCAUGGUCGGAUGGAUCAUGAGCAUCUUCUGGGGAAUGGACAUGGUCAUCCUGGCAAUUUCUGACGGCUGCAGAGACCAGGGCCUUCCCCAGGACGUGUGA